AUGACUGAAGUUAUACGUCGAGUUGUUGAUGAAACGAGAAGAGAAUGUGAAGGACUUUUACGUACUUGGGUAUUCAAUAAAAAUGGUGCUGCUGGUUGUUUCAUUAUCAAAAAUGAGUUAGUUCAAGCUGCAGACUGUUACCGAGAUGUAUUACGUUCAACUGAAAGUCUCGAAAGGCAUCAUGGUAUUCUCGCUGACUGGAGUCAACGACUUCAUUCAGUAACAAAUUUACACUGGUUAAUUGAAAGUAAAAAAGUUCCACUAUUAGAUGAACCUUUACCUGUUCUACCGAAUAAACCACCACCGUUAUUGCAAAAUGCUUCAUGCUCUGUUGUUUCAAUCAAUACUAAAAAAUACGAAGAGUUUAGUCUUGAAGGAUUAGAUCCUCGUGUGGAUAGAGAUCUGCAGGCUAAAGCUGAACGCAUGCGAACUACAUAUAUCCAAAUGCAUUCUCAAUUACUCGCCAAAGUACGUGACAGCUUAGAUCCAAUUGUAGCACAAUUAGAUGAUGAAUUUGAUUAUCACAGAAGAAAUAGAACUAGUGAUCAGCUAACGGAGAAAAUGGCUGCUAUAGACGCUGGAGGAUGGCUUAGUUGGCUUACAGAAGCCAUAGACUGGCUUAUUGCUUCAGGUUUAGGCAACAGUUUGAUUGAUAUGCUUAUAGCAAGUUUUCAAAGUACACCACAUAUGAAUCGAGGUGGAUUCAGAACAACGCUUCUUCAUGCUGGUUCUCCGAUUAGUUUCAAAGCUAUGCUGUUAACUGAUCUAGGUGAAGUUUUCACAACACGUGAACAAAUGAGAAUAGCUAUGAAACCAAUGGAUGAUACAUGGACGUCUUUUAUUGUAAGUCAUAUGAUUUUAUCGAUUUAA